AUGCAGGAUGAAACUGGAAUUUACAAAAAUUUACUUCAGGAGACAGCUCACAGGGCAGGGUUAAAGCUUCCUGUUUAUACUACUGUCCGCUCUGGACCAGCCUACGCUCCUGUAUUUACUUGCACAGUCGAGGUCAAUGGAAUGACUUUUGCAGGAGAGCCUUCCAAAACCAAAAAGCAAGCUCAGAAAUGUGCUGCAAUGGCUGCCUGGAUUGCCUUGAAAAACUCAGCGCAGCAAGAAUCUUGCUCUUCCAUAUCAGGCCUCAGAGGAAAGGAUGAGCAAGAACAAGUAACUGUUGCUCGUUAUCUUGCUCGUUUAAAAUUACCUGAGACGAGAAAAUCAGCACAUAAAGAGAGGUGCCAGCAGCAUACGUUCAUGUAUCCUAAUUUCUGGCCUGAAGUGGCCAUUUACCCUAGUUGGAAUCAUCAAGUUUUUCAGCAACAGAGACUCCAAUUUUUUCCAUUUGCACCUUCUGUAUUCAGGCCAGAAACCAGUUUGUAUUCCUUUGCAGGGGCACGAGAACUUACCUCGUUUGUACCAGAAUUUAGCCCAGUUUUCUAUGUUUCAAAUGAUAUAUUGCCUCGUCCACUUGGGAUUAAUUCACAAGUUACUAUAGAAGAGAUACAAGAAAAUGCGCAGGGUGAAGAAGGUGAUGAAACACGGGUUAUCAAUGAGGCCAACUCUGCUCAGUGGAAGGCGAGUACCCCAUCUGAUAUAUCCUUAAUGCCAACUGAAGCUCCUGACUAUUGUGAACCCUUCAAUGAUAAUCCCAGCUACAGAAGGGAAGAGUUUCCACGUGAGAAAGGUGAAGUCGGACAGGGAAUAUCCGUCCAUGAAAUCAGAAAUUCCGAUCAGCCAGAAGCCAGCCUAAAUGAAGAAUAUAAUCAAAUAUCAUCAGAAUUUACUCAUAAAAGGUCCAGAGAGACGCUCCCAUUUGAAAUUGGGCCACAUUUAUCAUCUAGUGUUUGGCACCCGUACAGUGCAAUGGCUAGUUCUAUGAGCCCAAAUAGAGGUCCCUUGGCACGUCCACCCCAUGCCACGCUGAGGGGAACUGCUGAUGAAGUGUCCUCGACCAGAUUCAUUCCAGGAGGAUCGGCCAGUUCCUCUCCAGCCUCAACGCCAAGGAAUGCAGUUUAUCCAUCUCUACGUCUACCAUUGUUCAAUGGCGUGAAAAAUGUCUGGGGCACAUCACAUGCCGGUUCCAUGGCACCAGCGGUUCAAAUUCGAUCAGUCUUGCCCGUCUGUUCGGCUCCUCCAGCUAGACAAAAUUCGACUCCUGGCCAGGAGGAGAAAGCAGAAAAGCUAGAAAGAGAGGUUUCGGCAUCAAGCUCAGAAUUUUGUAGGCUCCAAAUAUGA